UUGGAGACCGUGAAAAGUCAAAUGGGAAGAACAUUUCCGGACGGAUGGAGUAUUAUAUAUAUAUAUAUAUAUAUAUAUAUAUAUAUACACACACGUAGCUAGCUUAAUUAGUUAGCUACUGUUGUUCAGGAAUGGGGCUUUGUCAUUCUAAUACGUCGACGGCUUCCUCGAAGCCGCCAUCGAAGCGCAUCGCUCGCCACAAAUCGUCAUCGUCCGACGCCACCGGAGGCGGCGGCGGCGGCUUGUUCGGAAGAGGGGGGAGCAACCAGUGGCGGAAGAUACGGUCGUCGAAGAAUGAGGAGACGGUGGUCAUUCACGACCCGACGCCGCUGGCCGCCGCCAUACUGUUCCGGCAGCAGAUGCAGAACAACAGCGGGUGCGGGGAGGACGGGGCGGCGCUGGCGGCAGCGCUGGAGCGGCAUACAUCGUCGCUCCGUUAUCCGGCAGCCGCGAAGGCGGGAAAGAAGACGCCGUCUUCCCGGAGCUCGAGCUCGAGAGAUCGCUCUCUAACUGAUCCUCUCCUCCACUCUUGCCCGCCGCUUAAUAAGCUGGACGACGUAGAGACCUCCCAUUUUGUCCUGGUUCACGGCGGCGGUUUUGGGGCAUGGUGCUGGUAUAAAACCAUAGCACUUCUUGAAGGAAGCGGUUAUAAAGCCACGGCGGUGGAUUUAACCGGUUCCGGCGUCGAUUCUUUCGACACAAACAACAUAACCAGCCUCUCCCACUACGUCAAGCCACUCACUGAUUUUCUCCAAACUCUUGUCGAUGGAGAAAAGGUGAUACUAGUGGGACAUGAUUUUGGUGGAGCUUGCAUAUCAUAUGCAAUGGAGCAUUUCCCAGCUAAGGUGUCAAAAGCUGUUUUCAUAGCAGCAACUAUGUUGAGCAAUGGCCAGAGUACCCUUGAUAUCUUCUCUCACAUUACAGAUACAAAAGAAUUGAUGCACCAGGCUCAACUAUUUAUUUAUGCUAAUGGAAAUGAAAAUCCCCCAACUUCCAUUGACCUCAACAAAUCGCUCAUCAGGGACUUACUAUUCAACCACAGUCCUGCCAAGGAUGUAGCUUUAGCAUGUGCGCUGAUGAGGCCGAUGCCCUUUGCGCCUGUGCUGGAGAAGGUGGUGUUGUCAGAACUAAACUACGGCUCAAUCAGACGAUUCUAUAUUGAAACCGCUGAAGAUAAUGCCAUUCCAGUCGCUUUGCAACGAAGAAUGAUCGUUGAUGAUGAGAGCGGAGUAGAAAAAGUACCCUUAAUCUCUUCAAUCGGGACUCAAGACACCAUGGGCCCAGCCCAUAUUAUUAAUCGUGGAGUGCAGAAACCCUUUUCAGCUCUACAGCCGCUUCUUCACUCAACAGGCAUCUGCCACCGAUUAGCUUUGGGGUUUCCUGUCUCAAGUAACGUUCACCAAAUCGACGGCGGCGGCGACGAAGGAAGUCGACAGGGUUCAGACCCCGCAGCCAUGACGACCGUUGUUCCAACCUCCGAGGAAGAUCCAGCGCUUGCCGUUGUCCGUUUCACCGCCGAGAUGUCAUGGGCGGACGCCGGCCCAGAGGUAGCGGAGCCUCAGGUUAGUCGACUGUGUAUAGAAGCACAGGAAUGCAUGAUAGGUGGCAGGUGGCUGGAUUUGGUUUCUCUGAUGCUUACAUCUGCAGACUUGGUAUUUGCUAAAGCUUCGGAGAAAGAUCUCGAGUGCAUUUUCACUAUAAUUUCCAACAUCGUGAAGAAGCCUGAGAGUCUGGAUCAAGUGCAUGAGAUAGCUGAGCUUAUAUCAUCAAAAAUCGUGCAGCAACCAAAUGAAAAACCUUUGUUGCGCUUAAAAAUCUUGUUCAACCUCUACAAUCUUCUCGACAACCCGUAUAGCCGCUUCAUUGUAUACAUGAAGGCACUAAAUUUGGCAACCAAUGCAAAGGUCACUGAACAUGUUCUGCCAUCAUUUAAAAAGAUGGACAACUUUUUGAAGGAAUGGAAUAUUGGGGUGAAGGAUCAGAGGGAGCUUUUUCUUGCCAUUUCUAAUAUAUUGAAAGAGCACAAAGGGCACACCAAAGAGUCUUUCAAGUUUCUUACAAGGUAUCUGGCAACCUUUUCUGGUGAUGACACACAGACUAUGAAUGAAGCCAAGAGUGCUGCUGUCAACACUAUUAUUGAAUUUGUCAAAUUGCCUGAUAUGUUUCAGUGUGAUUUGCUUGAUAUGCCUGCUGUGGCACAAUUGGAGAAAGAUGCCAUUUAUGCACCAGUGUAUCAACUUCUUAAGAUCUUUCUGACUCAAAGGCUAGAUGCAUAUAUGGCUUUUGAAGCAUCAAAUUCUACUUUACUGAAAACAUAUGGACUAGUCCAUGAAGAUUGCAUUACAAAGAUGAGGUUAUUGUCAUUGGUGGACCUGGGCUCCAAAGAAUCUGACCGAAUUCCUUAUUCUGUGAUCAAGGAUGUUCUUCAGAUUGAUGUUAAUGAGGUCGAGUCAUGGGUUGUUAAGGCAAUCACUGCAAAGUUAUUCAAUUGUAAAAUUGAUCAAAUGAAUCAAGUUGUAAUUGUGAGCUAUGCGGUUGAGCGUGUCUUUGGCCCAAAACAAUGGAAAGCUCUCCAAACAAAGCUUGAGACAUGGAAGGGAAAUAUUGCCAAUCUUCUCAGCACCAUUCAAGCAAACAAGAUAGUCGACGAUGGUUCCCAAGCUAUGCAAGGGGCAAUGAUUCGUUAAAAAAAAAAAAUUGGUUUGGUUUCUUUAGUUUUUGUUUUAAAUGUAGCUCAAAGUUUUUCUUAAAACUUGGGAUGAAUGCCCUGCCAAUGUACUAGUAAAUGGUGUCUUAUUCUAGCCGUACUCUGUAAUUCAUCUAAAAAAUCUGAAAUGUGGAAAACUCUCACGCAGAAUGUUUUUGUAUUUUUUGUCUUUGAUAACAGCAAUCUAAUUCCAUGCAUUGGCAUUUUUUUUUCAUCUCUGCAUUUUUGAAAAGUAUGAAUUGUUUGAAGCUUUUUUAGUGAAAUUUGCUCAACAUGGUAUCGACACACUCUCUUUCCUAGUGUGUCUGCCUCAAAUUAAAUUGAUUGCUUUAGU